UCACAUAAUAGGACUUGAAGGCACAGCGCGAUAAGACCUAUGGGGUACACAGUCCGUGCACAAACACACAUUCCGACAGCUUUAUUAAACGGUCGAGGUUAUUGCAUGGAGAGAUUUUUAUCUAACCGCUGGCAGUAGUAUGUGUUGAGGGCAUUGAGGAGAAAUCGAUGGCCAGGUCAAAGUACAGCUAGACUUAUACAUUACCCAAGUCUGCCUUGAUCAGAAUAAUAUUGUUCAUUUUUCUCCUAAGAGGACAGUGGUAUUAUAAACAUUCAGUAAAUGUACAGAAUUAUUGACCCAAGAAAGACUUCACAGAAAAGUAAAAUAACUACGGAGGACAAGGCUUUGACUUGAAGAAGGAAGAUCUCACCUUUUCAUUCAGUGCCUGGAUCUACAUCGAUUCCAGCAAUUUAGACCCUAAAGGAAUAUAAGGGGGGAAAAAAUCAACAAAACCACAACAAAGAAAAAAAAAAAAAAAGAAAAAGAGAAACGUUCUCAUGCUGUCAGAUCACGGAUAAACAGAGAACGAUACACAAUUUCUAUUCGAUGAACAUCUAAUUUGCUCAGAAUUAGCGUCUCGGGCAAGGGGGUUUGCCCUUCCUUGUGACUCAAUACAAGCAACAUGUGAGCCGCUGCAAACAACUUUGCCCUGCCUUCAGGUCUCACACGUUUCUGGUCAUAAGAACGGUCAACAACUACCAACGUUGAACAUGAUUCAUGAAUUACCUUCUUUGGAGAGGAAGAAAACUGCAAGUAAUGCCAACAAAAUCGCGACAGCCACCUGGCUCGGUUUGCUCACAGCAGCAAGUGUCACGAAAAUCGUCGUAGGUUCCUUGUACGUUGAUGGAGGAUGUCUGGGCUUCAGUCUCUUGCCGUACUACCUCAUCAUUGGCGGGAUCUUGGCUCUGAUCCCAGCUUGCAUCGCUGUGCUCGCUUCCUUCUACAAGAAGUCACGUGACUUGGAGGAUUUUUGGGACUUGUUAGGAAAACUCUUCAUCGUAUCUAUAGCCCUGAUGAUUGCUGCCACAAUCUACAUUCUUGUCAGCGCCUCAAGAGUGACCAGCCUUGACCGCCUCUGUACUGACCAGUGGGUCCCGGUGUUCGGCUUCUGUAUCUUGGGUGCUGAUUGGAUCUUGUUCGCGCUUUUCUUCCGACUGUUCUGUGUCAACACCGUCUCCGAAUCCACCCAAGUGUCCGCCUUCCAACAAGACGAGUUCGGCCACGAGGAGUCGCCGUUUUACCUGUGGAAACAGCGUCACAAUGAGAGCUUCUGAAACAUCCGAGGACACUUAAAAACAUGAACAAACAAAAAAGAAAGGAAUAAACAACUACUGUCAGAAUUGUUCAAGAUAUUCGCCUAUUGUCGAGGAGCGAGGAGAAAAGUGACCUAGACAGGUGCAUUUUUAAAAAAGUGUUAUUAUAAUAAAUUGAAAGCACAAGAGUGGGAUCAGUAAGUGGUCGUUUGUACAUUAUGUUGUUUUCUUGGAUAGUUUGUCGUUAUAUCAAGAUCAAAUCUAAUUAUUCAAUGUGGUCUACGGUGCUGUAAGAAAGCCAUGGGAUGAUCUAGCACAGUGCUGCUCAACCCUUUUUUUUAACAGCGCGCUUUUUUUUACUACUUUUCAGAGGCUACAGUUUUCGUACCACCGACUUACUCGUACAUAUUAUGCAUUUCAGGUAGGGCAUCAAGUUAAAUGACACACGUCACUAUUCGGGUGACCCCCCCCCUCUCCCGCUCACCUAAGUUUUAUUACAAAAUCGUUCUCUAGUGGGCGAUGACGCCAAGGUAGGCAAGCAUCAAUCUAGAAGUACAUGUGCGCUACUGUCUCUCGCUGACUUUGUCCUGUGGAAGAUAGAGAAGUUGACAUCCACCCCUUGGCGUUCAUAUCACCUUAUGCAGUUGCGAGCACCGUAAAACCUCUAUUAAAACUAAAACUUAAACUGUCUCUGAUCAAAAGUUCUGGCGGCUUCUGUGGGCAGCUAUUGUUGUUCCUUGUGGUGAACACUGCUCUUGGGGAAAGCAAAGGGUAACCACAACGCUUUACUAAGUUUACAUCAAUGACAUUGAUUUAGGUUUGAUAUUUUGGACACAUUAUACACGCAGAGGAGUGUCAUUUGUAUACAGUCAAAUUAUCUUAAAUGUGUAGUAAUAUAUUAUUAUCAUUAUUUGAAAUAGGAUGUGGAAGAAAGCACAGAUUUGAGGGGGAAAGGGGGCAGAGAGGGAGCUGGAAAAGGCGAGGGAAGAAGAAGAAGAAAAAGAAGAAAAAGAAGAAGAAGAAGAAAAAGAAGAAGAAGAAGAAGAAGAAG